ACGAAACAAACAAGUACCUGAUUACACCGUUUUCCGUCUCUGCCGGAACUAGACCUUCGCUGCCCUUCUUCCUCCCUUCCCGUCGGUGACAAUGCCUCGCUGCCUGAUGGCGAAGAAGUGGAAGGCCUACCCGUGGCCCGAUCGGGUCGAAGAAUCCCCAGCAGCAUCACCCUCGCCGCCACCGCCCCCGCAAGUGGUGGUCGAAGUCCUCGAAGAGGACGAAGAAAUCGACGUCGUUGGAGACUCACCGGCGGCUGCAGCCUCCAAAGGCUCCUCCAACCCGGCCCAAUCGUCACCGUCUUCGUCAACGUCAUCGUCAUCGGCGGCAUCGUCCACAUCGACCGGAACUAGUGGUGCCACCUGUUGGGGUCCCUCGUCGCCCACGGCCGGUGCAACGGCGCCCAGCCCUCCGCCACACUCGCCGGAAGCGGCCACCCGGGAUGCGUCCUCGACUAUGCUCUAUAACGGUUACUCCCAGGACAUCUCGCACCAUUUCACCGCCUACCUUCCCAAGCUGGAACACGACGGAGGCUAUCCGCAGCAGCAAACGACGCAUUACAUCCUGCCGCCCACGCCGACGUCUCCGCCUCGGUCGCCAGAAGAUCCACACCGAAGUCCCACUCACAUCAGCGCCUCGUCGGUGAAGAAGCAUCUCUUCAGCAGCUCCGGAACGGCGCUGUCUCUACCCCCCAAGAAAAAAGACAUCUACCGGCCGUACUCACUGGACGACAGGCCCCGAAACUACGAGAUCCGGAUCCCGGCCGAAGAGGACCUGCACGCGGCACAUGCCAUUCUGGACCUCAGCGCGUCCACCGCAUUUCUUCCACCUCCAGCGCCGCAUCAACUCUUGCAGCAUCACGCGCAGCAGUUGAUCCACCAAGAGGAACGACUUCAGACCGUACCCAGCUCGCUGGGGUCGCCGGAACAAAACGAAAACAAAAACAGCACAAACACCCUCGACGAUGAAAAACCCUGCAAAACCGUUGCCUACACGUACGAAGCAUUCUUCGUGAGUGACGGCCGAUCGAAGAAGAAGAUCAGUGACCCCAAAAUAGUGCUGGAAACUAAGGCCAAAUACACCUGCACCGAGUGUGGAAAGCAGUACGCUACCUCGAGUAAUCUCUCACGGCACAAGCAAACGCACCGAAGUCUUGACUCGCAAUCGGCGAAGAAGUGCAUGACCUGCGGCAAGGCGUACGUUUCCAUGCCGGCCCUGGCGAUGCACGUCCUAACGCACAAACUAUCCCACAGCUGCGGAGUCUGUGGCAAACUCUUCUCGAGACCUUGGUUGCUCCAAGGCCACCUGAGGUCACACACUGGCGAGAAACCGUACGGCUGCGCACACUGCGGAAAGGCCUUCGCCGAUCGAUCCAAGAGGGCGCACAUGCAGACACACUCCAUCGACAAGAACUACCAGUGCCAACGGUGUCUCAAGACGUUCGCGCUGAAGUCGUACCUCAACAAGCACUUGGAGUCGGCCUGCUUCAAGGAAGAUCCCAGCUUGGGCCCACCCCCGGUGCUCUGCUCGAACAACAAUCUGGACAACAUCGACAACAACAACAGCCACAAACUGAUGGGCGGAGUGUCCCUGGUGGACAAACUCGCGGCGCAUGUGCAGGUCAAGAAGGAGAACAACAACGAUGAAGCUUUAAAUCAAAACUUUGCCACCCUGGCGGCGGCAGCAGCGGCCAGCAGCGGAGUCGCCACCAGCAAUAUACUUGUGAUGAAGAACGUGGCCGGCAGUUUGCUGGCGAGUAGCAAUAGCCUAAGCAAUAGUGGUUCGGCUCCGGCCCGGACCGCCACCAUCCUAACAACGAACCCGACGGCUGCAGCGGCCGCUGUCCUCGGCGCCGUCAACGGAACCACGGCCAUCCUGACGACGGGCAGCCAUCCGACGGCGACGGCUGUCCACAUAAACGUCAACUUCAGCGGGUAACCGAUAGUGGAUGCGGCCACCCUGGCCGCCACCAAGGCCUACCGCAUCAUUUUGAACUAGGUCGGACGGGUGGCCCGACACCGACAGCAGCCGCCACUUUCUAGCAGUUAGUGCAAUCGCUUUGCGAAGUGUAGAAAUAGUUUUUUUCGAAGAGGGUUUGAUUUUUGAACAGGAGUGUGCGGAAGCAGUUUGUAAGUAGCGUUUCCAUUUUUAAAACAAGCAACUUUUACAACUUUUUUUUUCUGUUUCGAUUAUAAUCCCAUAGUUUUUAGUGCAACAAACAACACUUGUAUACACGAACAAACAAACAAACAGAAACACACUUUGACAUCAUGAAGAACAAGAUUUAACGAAAAGAAACGUCAAACGAACAAGUAUUUACGGAUGAAAUCCAAAUAGGAAAUAGAAGCAUUAUCCCGCAGUAAAAGCAAUCCCAAGAGCAAUUAAUCGAUUCAAUUAACCUAGUGGUACUACCGUUUUCAAUUAUGCGUUGACCUUUUAACACAAACCCUGUAGAAACUGCUUUCAACCUUUAAAUCACAUGUACUUAUUAUGCAACCAAAGCUAAGAGCAUCGAAUGCAAGUGUAGGAAAACAGUUAGUGAAACAAAAAAAAAGUGAGGUUAUGUUUAAACAGAAUUGAAACAAGUUAAUUACAGCAUUUCAAAAUUGUAAGUGAAGGCAAAGGUAUCGCUCGCUCGUUUGACACCCGUUCCCCGAGGAAUUCGCCAGCCCGUUUGAGUUGACGUGGCGCCGCCGGAGGAGCCAAGCAACGGAAACACAACUCAGCUUUCUUAUCGCCGCGCUAUACUGCCGUUCCCGAAAAUGAAAAGCACAAAAAGCGAAACCAACCGCAGCAAGACGGGAAGUAAGAAAAAAUCACAAGAAUUUUGAGGUUAUCAGCAGCGAACCGAGGGGCCAGCAGUGUCAACUGAUGAAGGUAGGCUUGUUAGGUUCCGUUAUCGGAGUAGCCCCCCCCACCGGUCCCCCAUUCGUCAACGUUCUCCGGGAGAUAGAUCGGAAACUCCGACAGAAAACAUGGCAAGGCAAGGGUGACACAUCUGCGGGAAUGGGAGGGGGGAGAAAUAAAUGGUGAACCCGAAGAGGUGUGCAGGCAAUUUAGGUGAUGGGGGGUGAGGGAUGGAACUGAUAAGUCAGUCAGAGUGUAAUCGGCGCGGAGACGAAUGUUGGGGUUGUCGAAGUGACAAUGGAAGGAGAUGAAGGUGCGAAAGAAGUUGGGUACCACGUGGCAGGUCUCCAAUUUGGUUGGCGAUGAACGCGUGACCACAGGGACUGCUGGUGCAGUGUGACAAUUGAUUGCUGAUCGCAAAGAUGACCUUUGUGCCAAUCUAAAAAAAGGUUUAAUAUUGAAAGUGAACGAAUAUUGUUUAGAAUCGAUAUUCCGUCAUCGCCACGCAACAUUAAUCGUUUUUGCGAUUGGAUCGGCUUACCACCUUCCAGAACAACUUGUGCAAAAACACAGAAAAAAUUCUCCACAAGCAAUUUUCCCAUUAAUCAUUCACUUUCGAUCCUUCUUCUGGUUUACCUCGGCGUGGUCGUCUUUAGCGUCGCUUCCCUCGUUCUCGUAAUCAUCGUCAUCAUCAUCAUCACCGUUGUCGCUUCCGGCGCCCAAUCCUCCUUAUUCGUGUGCAACAUCGUCUCCGGCGCGACCUGACUCCCAGCUCUAAGUGGCGAGCUCUACAUGGAACGUGCGCCCCCGUCCCAGGAACUAUUUAUUAGAUUUUAUUCAAUUAUUUAUUCAUCGUUCGUGUUGGGUACACUCCCUGCUGCUGUUGCUGUCCCUCGGCUGGACAAGUUCGGUUUGUUUUUUUUUAUUCUGCCACCGGCACACUACUGGCUACUUAGUACCUUCCACGCUAGUUAGGGCUCGUUAUCGUUGUCACGAUCAGUGCUCCCAGUUGGCUACCAGUGCGUCGAAUGGUAACUCAUUUAACGACAGACGGAUGGAGAAAGGAAGUGCUUGCCUUUUCUCUUGCCUGCUGAUGAAAAAUGCAUUUGCUAAUUCGCAGGAUUAUGUGAUAAAUCAACAUGUUUCGCCUGAAAAUCGGUUCAAAUCCAUGUGAGUUGCUAUCAUGCGAUCAAUCGAUGGUAACUCAUGCCAUGUGCGACAACAAGCGAUGGAACUCGUCACUUGCAUGUCAAUUUGUUUACAAUGCAUGACUUUUUCAAAAGAUUGCUGAAGCAUUUAAAAGUUUUACGUGACUGAGCAAAUCUAGAUUGGGUUUCAGAAAGAACUCCGACAGAUAAUCAGAACGAAUCCCAACUGGGACUCUGAGCGAAUCUUGAUUGAGAUUCUGAGCGAAUCAAACUGGGAUACGGAGUGAACUACGACUGGGAUUAAGAACGAAUUCCGGCUGAGAUUCAGACCGAAUCCAGAGCAAAUCUCAUAUGAAAUUCUGAGCGAACUCCAACAGGUAUUCAGAGUGAAUACCGACUGUUAUUCUGAGCGAAUUCCCACUGGGAUGCCGAGUAACUUCUGUCUGGGAUUCAGAGCGAACUCAGAAAGAAUCCCGACAGGGAUUCAAAGCAAAUCUGGAUUGAGAAUCUGAGUGAAUUCAAACUUGGAUUUGAAGUG